UUGAAAAGACUUUGUUUUCUAAAACCAGUUCAUGAUUUUUUUCCCAUUAUUUCGUUCGUUUUCAUUAAUGCUAUAGUUUUUUUAUAAGUAAGAGCAUUGUUCAUAACGAAAAUGUCUACUCAAGUAGGUGGUAUUAGAACUUCAUUAGAGAAACUACGCGAUUCGCAAGUGUUCUCAGCACCCGACAAAAACCGGUCCUGUACGGCCCAUUUGGAAACUUCAUACGAAGAAAUGUCACAGUCGGAGCAUCUUCUAAAACAUCUCACGGCUGCUUUGUUUGCUACCGUGCUCGAAGACAUCGUAUUGGGAAUUCGCUUACUGGGUGACUCGAACAUAUCUGCCAAGAUAAUGACGAUCAUGAUAGACAUGGAAACGCUUCUUAAGAAGAAAUUCGGUGUGAAUUUGCCUCCUGCCGAUGAGUUGGAUACCAUAGGCGAUCGAAGCCUCAACAGCUAUGAAUUUAAGGUUGUUAAAAUGAACAAAGACAGAAUGCUCCUCAUUGAAGUAUUGGGCGCCACAUACAAGGACCUUAUAUUAAGUGGGAACUACAAUCCAAUAAUUGAUAAAAACCAGGAGAUCAUUGAACGUAAAAAGUACUACGCGAAAUUGCAGACCGACGCCGUUAAAUAUAAAUCGAGUAUAAAGGACCUCAGACGCUAUUUGAGACAGUUAACUAUACAAAAUAAGUCCACUAUUUACGAAACAGAUGCCAAAUUGGACAAACUUGAAAAAAGUAUUGAAGAUACAUCUCUAAUAGGAGAGACUCGAAGCAGAUACGUGACAAACUGGGAGCGAGCUCGCACAGAGCAACAUAUCAAAACUGUAUCGUUGGACGAAGAUGUGUUCAAAGACAACAUUCAUUAUUACAGGAACCGGUUCGAAAAGGAACUAAUUGUACAUACUGAAAUAGAGUCGCUUGUGAAUAUCACUAUAAAAGAUACCUUGGAUGAAAUAGAAGAUUGGAUGGACAAGUACGAUAAAGACUCGGAAAUUAUAGACCUAAAGAUACAGGUAAAGAGGAACGAAUAUCUGGAUAGGUUGAAUACGCGAAUACGUCUAGAAGACACGAUAUCAUUGCAUAACAAACAAAUGUGGGAUUGGACCGAAUUCAAACGCAAACGCGCAGAAGCUCAGAAGUAUAUCAGCGAUAUGACUCGUUGUGCCAUCAUGGUCCAAGCUUGGUGGAGAGGAAUACUCGUUAGGAAGCAGCUUGGACCGUUCAAGGUAUCCAAGAAGAAGAAGGCUAAGAAGAAGUAAACCCUGGGUCAACGCACAAUGAAUUACUGAUGGUGAUACCUAUUUCCAAGAGUACUUUUACCCAAAUGUACCUACUCACGCGCAAGUGAUACGAUUGAUCGUGACACAUCAGGGAUAGGAUCGACAGGAUCCUUUUUUUGUUUACUUAUAGCCGAACACUUGAUGUGGAUGUCCUACCCCAGACGUUUGUCGAAAUUUUCUAAUGCGAUACUUUUAAUGUACACUCUACUUACAUACAUAGUUUUUACGGAAUGGUUAUUACGAUUACAGAUUAAUUUAUUAGUUUUUAGAGAAACUUAAUGCCGAUAUUGAGAUCAAUUUAAGCCUCAAGCUUUUCAGGCAGCCGAAAAUACUUUUGUCACGUAGAAUUCCCACGUCUGUCGAGAUUUAAUAACGCAAUUUUUAACUUUAGUAUAGAUAGUUCUUGACACAUAAUAUAUUUGUUAUGAUUAUAGAUAAUUUAUUUUUAGAGAAACAGGUCUUUAUUACAUAAAUGUUUAUUACAACCUUGGCUAUACCUUACUCCAAAUGCAUUAAUUGAUAAUAUGGGCCGCGAUUUUAGAAUUUAUGAUGUAGCUUUAAAGUUUCGAUUACUUAACAUAAUUUGUUGCUAACGUUAAGUAACCACGUGUUAUGUGUAUUUUAUACUAUAGAUUGUUAAUUUUAUACUAUAGAUUGUU